CUGGCUGGCUGUAGGGGCUCCAGCAACCCGCCCCACGAUUGCAAAAUUUAAAUUAGUCCUUCGUCAUCUCGAGAGCUCGCUGCUAGCAUGGGAAGAUAGGUUAGAUGUGUCCAGACCGAGAAAAAGCCGGCUCCCCCCUGUUUCAAUGGGGAAUUUGACUGAGUUCACCCCGGAUAUGAAUACGAAUAGAACACGUUAGGGUUGCGACGUGAGCAAAAGUGUAUAUAAUGAGGAAGCCGACAAGGGGAACGGAAAUUGCAUCUCCUCGUCGUCAUCGACCCUCGAAGUAAGGCUGGGAACAAUCUUGAGUUCAACAGCACUCUACCGAAUUGCUUCCACUUCACACUCAACUUCACCGAGAUAUGGAUCGUGCUAAAGGCACCCCGGCCCCAAAGAGAACGGGCAUCACCGUAUUUUCAGGAGGCACGGGUGGGAACAGCCUCGUCGAUGUGUUCAACCGAAUCAUCGAGCGGAGAAAAUGCCAGCUCAACUACAUCAUUCCUAUCAGCGACAACGGCGGCAGCUCGUCGGAGCUGAUAAGAUUCAUCGGCGGCCCCAGCGUCGGCGACGUCCGUAGCCGCCUUGUCCGGCUGAUCCCGAACCACGAGGACGACCCGGAGAGGACGGCCCUCAAGGCGCUGUUCGAGUACCGGCUGUGCCGGGACGGCGGCGAGGCGCGGACCGAGUGGCUCGACGUGGUCGAGGGCCGGCAUCCGCUGUGGGCGGCCGUGUCGAGCCCCAAGCGGGAGCUGAUCCGGUCGGUGCUCAACACGCUCAACCUCGAGAUCGUCAAGCGGGCGAGGCCGACGUCCGUGUUCAACUUUGCCGAGGCUAGCAUCGGGAACAUGUUCUUGACCGGGGCCCGCCUCUUCUCGGGCUCUUUCGAAUCCGCAAUCUACCUCCUCUCCAUGAUCUGCGCCAUCCCGACCUCCAUCUCGGUCCUGCCGGCCAUCAACUCAAACUUCACGCACCACAUCUGCGCUGGCCUGGAGGACGGCACCCAGAUCGCGGGGCAGGUGGCCAUCUCGCACCCAGCCGAGCACUCAGCGCUGCCGGACGACGACGACGGCAGCAGCAGCAGCAGCAGCAGCAGCAGCAGCAACGGUAGCAGCAAUGAGCAGCGAGUCACGACACCGGGGGGAGAUGGCCGGACGGGACAGGUUCCCGAUGAAGACGACAACGACGACCAUGACGACGGGGAGAGCCACGACCAGCAGCACGACGGCGAGGACGCCAACCUCCCCGGAAGCCUCCCCGCGCUGGGGCGGCGACACGUCGGCUUCACCAAGGACGCGGACCGCGACGACGACCUUCCGGCGCGCGUGUCGCGCCUGUGGUACAUCAACCCGUACGGGCACGAGAUCUGGCCGGCGGCGAACCCAAAGGCCGUCGCGGCCGUCGCGGCCAGUCACACCGUCGUCUACAGCGUCGGGAGCCUGUACACGAGCAUCGUGCCGUCGGUGGUGCUGGGCGGGAUCGGGGCCGCGAUCGCGGACCCCGGGGUGAGGAAGCGCGUGCUGGUGCUGAACUCGGGCAUCGAUCGCGAGACGGGGCCGAGGGGGAGGCCGAUGGGCGGGAGGGACUUCGUCGCGGCGCUGGCGAGGGCCGGGGAGGAGAGUCGGGCUGGGAAGGGGGGCGGGAGGGGGAGGAGGGGGGGUGGUGGCGGCGAGGGGGAGAUGCGGCGGUAUGUCACGCACCUGAUCUACUUGCGGGGGAAGGGAGCGCCGGCCGUGGACGAGGAGGAGAUGAGGGGGCUGGGGAUCGAGUGUGUGAGGGUUGCGGCGGCCGGGAUGGUCGGGGGCGGGGAGGGGGGCGGGGAGGCGGGCGGGAGGGUGCUGAGGUAUGACGAGGCUGAGCUGGGGAGGGCGCUGGAGGCUAUCAUGGACUCCUGAUAUGCUCGGGUUUUGCCCUUUUGGGACGAGAGGCUCUGCACGCACACGGCUUGCCUAUUGGGGUCACACUUGUCAUGUAUGCUACUAUGUACGUAUGUAAAGCUAAUUCCUUGGGGGUUGGAUGUUGGUUGCUUCAUAAUCAAACAGCCUUGAUGCGGUUUCUGGCAUGCUCACCAACCGCCCCAUCACUGAAAUUGUACGCCCUCAUUGUUGAUUGCCAACCGCAUUGCCUUUUGGGUUGCUUCUCUGGCUGGGAAUGGUGGGACAAGCCCGCGGGGAACUGCAGACUCGCAACCGAGAAGUGCAGGACGUGUGUAACACGGCCGUUUCCACCCCAUCGAACUGAUAGCUCCAAGCAAUGCGAUGGACUGUCUCCUGUUGCGGGUAGGUCCAUUCCACCAUCGUCUUGGAAGGCUCUUAAAAUAGUUACUUUACCUCGUAAGUAAUCUCGG